AAGUGACAGUCUGGUGUUAUUGUACCCGGGGCUGCUGGUACAGUUGGAACUAUGAUUUGUGCUUUGCACACAUGUUAAAAGAUUCAUUUGCGGCGUGGUAGAGAUGAGUUUGCAUCGACAAAUGGGUUCGGAUCGGGAUCUGCAGUCGUCGACUUCCUCAGUUAGCCUUCCUCCUGUUAAAAAGGCACCAAAGAAGAGAAGGAUGCCUUGGGGCUCCAUCUUUCGCAAGAAGAAAGACACCAAACGCAAGUCGAGGGAUUCAACUGGUGGUGUUGAUGGGAUUGCUAGUAUUGAAAGUAUUCACUCAGAGAUGUGCACUGAUAAAAAUUCCAUGUUCUCCGCUUCGGGGAACUCCUCGGACAAUGGCACAGCCUGUGCUAGUAAACCAAGUGGAGACUACAUGGAGUGCCCCCUGUGCCUUUUACGGCACUCUAAGGACCGUUUCCCAGAAAUCAUGACCUGUCAUCACAGGUCAUGUGCGGACUGCUUGCGUCAGUACUUGCGGAUAGAAAUCUCAGAGAGUAGGGUCAAUAUUAGCUGCCCGGAGUGCUCUGAACGCUUUAACCCUUUUGACAUCCGUUUAAUACUGAACGAUGAUGUAUUGAUGGAGAAAUACGAGGAGUUCAUGCUCAGAAGGUGGCUUGUUGCUGAUCCAGACUGUAGAUGGUGUCCAGCUCCGGACUGUGGGUAUGCCGUCAUCGCUUUUGGCUGUGCCAGCUGCCCAAAGUUAACAUGCGGUCGUGACGGCUGUGGAACAGAGUUCUGCUACCACUGCAAACAGAUCUGGCACCCUAAUCAGACAUGUGACGCUGCACGCCAAGAACGAGCUCAAAGCUUACGCCUGAGGACAAUCCGCUCAUCAUCCAUCAGUUACAGCCAGGAGUCUGGAGCUGCAGCAGAUGACAUUAAACCGUGCCCGAGAUGUGCUGCUUAUAUCAUAAAAAUGAAUGAUGGGAGCUGUAACCAUAUGACGUGCGCAGUGUGCGGCUGUGAGUUCUGCUGGCUAUGCAUGAAGGAGAUCUCAGACCUGCAUUAUCUAAGCCCUUCAGGAUGUACGUUUUGGGGGAAGAAGCCAUGGAGUAGGAAGAAGAAGAUCCUUUGGCAGCUGGGAACCCUCGUUGGGGCCCCUGUAGGCAUCGCCUUAAUAGCCGGGAUUGCCAUUCCUGCAAUGAUCAUCGGGAUACCUGUGUAUGUGGGAAGGAAGAUUCAUAAUCGUUAUGAAGGUAAAGAUAUUUCAAAGCACAAGAGGAACCUGGCAAUAGCGGGUGGAGUCACCUUGUCCGUCAUUGUUUCUCCAGUUGUUGCUGCUGUAACUGUAGGUAUCGGUGUGCCUAUUAUGUUAGCCUAUGUCUACGGAGUAGUUCCCAUAUCACUGUGCCGGAGCGGAGGGUGCGGCGUGUCAGCCGGUAAUGGGAAAGGUGUCCGCAUUGAAUUUGAUGAUGAAAACGACAUCAAUGUCGGCGGAGUGAACACUGCUACAGAUGCCACAUCUGUAGCUGAGGCUCGUCACAACCCCAGUAUCGGGGAAGGAAGCGUGGGAGGAAUGACGGGCAGCUUGAGUGCCAGUGGAAGUCACAUGGAUAGGAUCGGUGCAAUCCGGGACAACCUGAGUGAAACAGCCAGUACCAUGGCCCUGGCAGGAGCCAGCAUCACUGGCAGCCUCUCCGGGAGCGCCAUGGUGAAUUGUUUUAAUAGGCUUGAAGUCCAGGCCGACAUUCAGAAGGAGAGAUACAGUCUGAGUGGAGAAUCCGGCACUGUGAGUUUAGGAACAAUCAGUGACAAUGCAAGCACCAAAGCCAUGGCUGGAUCCAUUCUGAAUUCCUAUAUCCCGCUGGACAGGGAAGGUAACAGUAUGGAAGUACAAGUGGACAUCGAGUCUAAACCAGCCAAAUUCAGGCACAACAGUGGCGGCGGCAGCAGCGUCGAUGACGGCAGCGCUCCCAGUCGCAGUAAUGUAAGCGGAUCCGCAACCUGCCAAGCUGAGAGCAAAUGCAGCGCCGCCAAGUGGUCCAAAGAUGCAACAGCCAGCAAAAAAUGCAAAGGCAAGCUGAGAAAGAAGAGCAGCACCAAAAUAAACGAGACACGGGAGGACAUGGACGCUCAGCUCCUGGAGCAGCAAAGCACCCAUUCCAGUGAAUGUGACUCUCCUUCCCUCAGCGACAGCUUACCGUCCGUGGCAGACUCUCACUCCAGCCAUUUCUCAGAGUUCAGCUGCUCCGACAUGGAGAGCAUGAAAACCUCUUGCAGCCACGGUUCCAACGAGUACCACACUCGCUUUGUGACUGUGAGCCCGCUCCCCGAGGUAGAGAACGACCGGCUAGAGAAUUCCCCGCAGCCAAGCGGCGUGUCCAUCACCAUCCCUGUACCGUGCACAGACGUCCCACAGCUGAGUUAUAUAGCAGAGGAAGGCGUCAGGCAGAGCAUACCAAACUCCUCGGGGGAGGAGCGAGAGACGGACAGAGAGAGCGAUCCAAAUACAGAAGGCAACUGCGCAAUCCAGACUGACAUCUAGGCCUCCUAUUGCUGCAGCCCUACUCUCUACCAAUAACCAGUUCUGCUCACAUGGAAAGCUUUGCUAA